AUGAAGAAAAUGCUGGAGACAAAGGCAGAACUAAAGAUCUUGGAAAGUGAAGUACGGGUCAGGGUUAGAGCCGGAUUUAAGGUAGGGCAGGGCAGCGCACUGACAGGGCUGUUGAAGACUGAAGAAAUCUGCGGAUUCUCCUACCAACGUGGAGGACCUGAAUUAACGUUACUCUAUGGAGCGCGUUUACUGAUGUAUCUGGAUGAUGGCAUAUCCUCUUAUUCCCAUUGUAAAGACUACAAUGACUAUGACUAUCAUCUGACAAACAAGUGUCCUUCACUUCUGUGCAAGAAUGGGUGGAAAGGGAAAGAUUGUAGAACGAGAGAUUGCUCUGUGAACAACGGAGACUGCGGUCGCAGUAUGAAGUGUGAGGAGGUGAACAUUGGAAUGGGCGAUGUUGGUUGGAGAUCAGUAUGUUCCUGUCCCUAUCUGAUGUACAAAACUGCUCUUAACAAAUGCCAACGUUAA